UCGGGGGUUGGGCACCCUUCCGCGGUUGUGAAAAAGCUCCGCGCCGAGCGCUGGUGUAGUUUUAAUAUGGCAGCCGCCCUGCAGAGUUGGUAGAGCCGCGCAGCAACGCUCCUCAGGAUCGUCAUCGAACCAAAGCACCGAAGAAAAAGCCGGCCGAGGAACCUAGUCGACCGAUAUCAUUCUACGGUUUCUUUACACGCAUAUAUGACUAAUGUCUCGAACAGCGAACGUUGGAGGUAUUUGCUCGUUUUGAAAAUCGGGGGAGACGAGUGGAAGAUAAAAGGAAAAACCUCUUGGACGCAGGAAUUAGACGUGUAAUUGUUCUCCCCUGGCCGAGACCGGAAAUCAUCAAAACUGGCGCCCUUCAAGCUAAGAUUUUCAAAGAUGUCGAAGUCGUCGAGCGGGGGAAACGACGGAAGUCGGAGCAGCAGCGUCGAGUGCGAUGACGCGAAUAAUCAGCAGCCAAUCAACAUUCAGGCGCUGGUAAACUCCAAUGGGAGAAUAGACGAGACGCCCGGCUCCGCCGAUGAAAACGCUCUCUGCUCCAGGAACGAACCUCUUGUGCCAAACUCGCCGCCUCCGUCUUACGAGCACGUUCUCGAAGAAACGAGAAUGGCCGUUGGACAGCCGGCAAAUAAUGCGGAAGAUGAAAUUCGCCCUGCAGCAAAUAACAGGGAGAGAGAGGAAAUACCGGAUGGCGGUACAGAUCGGGGUGGAAGAACACCGAUAAAGGGUCCAGAAAUAUUGCACAAGUCGAGUAAAGAGUUGUACAGAGCUGUGGCCAAGCAAUGGGGUAUUACGUGCAAGAUGAGCGAUCAGUGCCGGUGUUUUGAUUGUCAGAGCCAUUACUUCGAUUGUGAAUACGAGAGAGACGAGCAGGAGAAAACGGACGGAGGUUUAGGCGCCGGGACGCCGAUGUUCCUUUCGGAAGUGAUGCAUGGUACAGCCUGUACGAUUAUAUAAAUGGGAUAUUCAUACCGUGAUAUCGACAGCUUAUUAAUCGAUCGAUACGGCGUAGAUUGAAUCCACGAGAUCUCUGUAAUUCGGUUCACGAAUGAAAUAGAAACGCCCGAGGAGUGAGAUGGAUAUUUUUGGUAUGAGGCUGCAGUACGAAUAAGAGUAAUAAUAAUGAUAAUAUUAAUUAAUUAGUAAUAUUAACAACAACUACAAUGACGAUGAUUAUAUAGUAACUAGCCAAUUAUUAUUAUUACUAUUAUUUUCAUCUUUUUAAACAACGUAGUAUGAUUGUAAACUAAAAAUAGCCAAAUGAAAUGAAAUGGUUCUGAAAUCCUUGAUUAGGUUGCGAUUUCUAAUCUUGUCGUCAUUCAUUCCCGAAUUUAUUGAUCUGAUCUUGCAAUUCGCACCUGAAUGACUGAAUGAAAGGAUUACUCCUCUACCGGAUACUAACUUGUCAAUUUGUAAUUUUCUUUUCUGUAUACUUUUUGUCGUCCAAUAAUUUUUUCAGUUACAUGCAAUAUUUGAACACUGCGGUUGGAUGGAUUGGAUUUGUUUUUAAAACAAUCGUUCAAUAUGUUCGCGGUUGAAAGACGGUAGGAGUUUAAAGUAAAGCAAACAUCGGGACUUAAAAGAAAUUUUCACGAUCUUGGGUAAUUAACAAAGAAUGAUUUUAGAUAUGUAAUUUUCGAAACAUUGAUUCAUUUUGCCAUUCAUUAGAAUUAUACUUACGUGUGCGAUAAGAAAUAGAAACAUACACGUAUUAACAAUCGCAAAGACACGAACCAAAUUAAAGAAAAGAAACAAAAAGAUUAAUAUCGAGAAAAAUUAUAAACGACGAAUAUAAGUAUGUAAUAAAUUAUACGUACGUACGAAAAAAAAAAAAAAAAAAAAAAACAAACGAGUCAACAAUUAUAUUGAAAAUAUUUGUCAAUUUUUCGACUGUGGAAUAAUAUUCAUCAUAUUUUAAUUCAACCAUAGGCCUACAUAUUGAAACAUAUAAUAUAUAUAUAUGUAUACAUAUACAUAUUUAUAUAUGUAUAUAUAUAUAUAUUGUGUAACGUAAUAAAAAUAUCUAUGUACGCGUGCAUGGAAAUCGUAUAUGCAGGUAAAGAUUGUAAAAUAUCUCCGUCGGUAUAAAUUUAUAAACAUAAGCAUUACCUAAUACCUAAUGAAAAUGAUGAAUUUCUGAAAAUGGGAUCACGCGCAUCACUGCAGGUAACAGUAAUAGCGUUGUUAAUUAUAAAUCUGAAAUUAUUGUCAAGCUUUAAAUUCUACACGUACAUCGUAUUGAUAAUUUAUCUACACACCUUUGCGACAGGCUGCCACGAAACUCUUGGACAGAUGUAUGUUUGAAAGUAACUCGAAUGAAAUUGAAUUGAUUACAGUGGAAAUGGGAUUAAGAUCGACAAUAUUGUACACGAACUCUUGGAUUUUGAAAAUUUUUUACGCGUGAAAAUAGGCUGCGAUUCGAAAGUUUUUAAAUGAGAUGACGAAAUAAGGAGAACCAUUUAAUCUUUAUACUUAUCUCAAAUUCAUCUGUUCAGAGGUUCGCAAAUAUAAGUUUGUAAAAGUGUGCAUGUAUUAUACGUAUAAUAUUAUACCACAUGGUUUUUUUUUUUUUUCUUUAAGAUCUCUUAUUAAAUGUGUGGUUUUGUUUAAUUUUUUACGCGUGCAGCAGCGACUUUUUGAAUAAUUUCGCUAUAGGUGUAUAAAACCGUUCGGCUAAACGUCGGAUUAACAAUUUGAAAAAAAAAAAAAAAUAAAUAAGGAUACGGUAAAUUAUUAUUAUUUUUUUUUUGAUUAGCAAUUAUACCGGUGUCCUCGUCGCAUCGUUGUUCCACUGUCUGGAUCAGCUAUAAUUACGGCCUAAAUUUUUCCAUUCGAUUAUCGGGCUACACGAAGAGGAAGGUUGAGAAGAAAAAAAAAAAAAAAAGAGAAAUGAAACUGCGGGGGAAAAAAGAAACAAAGGGAAAAAUUUUUGAACGGCUUUCAUCGAACUUUCUUAAUUUUUUAUUUUUUUUUUUAUUCAUGCCUAAGCAUAGAUGCAAAAUUAUAACGCCCGACGAUGUUUUCGAGAAGUCCAGCUGUUCUGCGUUUUUAGGAAAAUAAUUUUUUUUGAAACAUUAACGUGUUGUUUUUUUCAAACUUGUUGCUUAUUAUUACGUGUAUGGAUAUACACAUAUAACGGGUAUUACUAUUCUAUAAUAAAAUACAAAGUGUUUAAUAAAUGCCCUAUAACAUACGUAUACGUACUAUACGUAUAAAACAGUCGGUAUUUAUAAAGUCAGAUUUUCCAAGAAUAUAAAUUGUUAUUGGGGAAAUCAAACUCGAAACAAAUGAAAGUAUCUCCAUCUGAGCUGCCUGAACUU